AUGCUAUCGUCACCGGCGCCGUCGUCGACGUCGGCGAUGGCCGGCGGCGGACUGAUCGCGGUGCUGCUGGUGCUGUCGGCGUGCGCGGUGUGCGGUACACGGGCCGACUGCCCGGCGGCGUGCGAGUGCAAGUGGCGCAGCGGCAAAGAGUCGGCCAUCUGCGCGUCGGCCAACAUGACGGCCGUGCCGCGUCACUUGGACUACGGCACGCAGCUGCUCGACCUCACCGACAACCCGCUGUACCGGCUGGGCAAGGACGCGUUCGCCGACGCCGACCUGCUCAACCUGCAGAAGCUGUACAUGUCCCGGUGCCGGAUCAAGUCGCUGGACCGGUACGCGUUCCGCAAGCUCAACAACCUCGUCGAGCUGGACCUGAGCCACAACAGCAUACCGGUGGUGCCGUCGGCCGUCCUCGAGUCGGUGCCCGAACUCCGGGAGCUCCGGCUCAACGGCAACCCGAUCAUGAAGGUGCCGAACGGCGCGUUCGCUCACGUCCCGCGGCUGGUCCGGCUCGACGUGUCCGGGUGCCGCGUGGCGCUGCUCGAGUCCACCGCGUUCGCCGGCCUCGAGAACUCGCUCGAGUGGCUCCGGCUGGACAACAAUCAGCUGCGCGACGUCAAGCCGUCCACGGUCGUGUCGCUGACCCGUCUGCACGGCGUCCAGCUCAACGACAACCCGUGGAACUGUUCGUGCAAGCUGCGGCCGCUGCGAGAGUGGAUGGCCCGGCGGAACGUGCCGUACGGCGCGCCGCCCGUGUGCAAGACGCCCGUCCGGCUGGCCCAGACGCCGUGGGACAAGCUCGAGCUGGACGACUUCGCGUGCGAACCGCACUCGGCGCCGGUGUCGGCCGUGGUGGUGGUCACCGAGGGCGACAACGCCACCGUGUCGUGCCGCAUGUACGGCGUGCCCAUACCGUCGUCCCGGUGGACGCGCAACGACCGGCCGCUGGGACAGACCAGCCGCAGCGUGCCGGUCACCGAGGGCCGGUACACGAACCUCACCAUCGUGUCGGUGGUCGCCCAAGACGGCGGCAGUUACGCGUGUGAGCUGGAGAACCGGUCCGGUAGCUCCAGGUCCAACGUCACUGUGGUCGUGGUCAAACGGUCGCCGGAACUUGUGCUGGGCGCCGAUCGGUACGCCCUGCCGGGACUCAUCGUCGGCGUCAUACUGGUCCUGUCCUUCUGCCUCAUAUUCCUGUGCGGGCUGGCCAUCCGGUCCAAAGGCAGCCCGGCCGGUUCCCGCGGUAUCCCCGUUUCCGGUCCACUCGACACAGCCGCCGCGGAUGCGGACAUCGACCCGUUCGACCGGUACGAGAAGAUCGAAAUGAUCCGAGAAGACAACAAUAAGACGGUACAGCAUCACCAGCACCAACUUCCGGCGUCGUCGUCCGACAAGAACGGUCGGCCGGACCCGCCGGGCUACGCAAAGUCCGCGACGACUUCCGGUGGACUGCUUCACAGACGUCACGACGAGCACGAGGACUAUGACGGGCUGCCGCCAAUCGACGAGCCGCCCUCGGCGACGGCACCGUCAAUCACGGACCGGCCGACCGCUCGUCCUAGCCAUCCGACAACCAACGUCCCGCACAGGCCACGUAUUUUGCCGGAUGAACCAGCGAAUGGGAAACCAAAAACUUAUUUAGAGUGUAACUUGGGUGAAGUAACGUUACAUCAUCAUGUCCUACAUAAAGAAUCUCUUCCCGCCGGCCACCUUUACACUACUGCAGCAGGGCGGCAAGAAUUGUUUAAUACAAAAAAUGUGCCUGACCUAUUGGACACAUUACUUCCGACCAAAGGCCGCCGGAUUUCACAAACACUUCCUAGAUCGGGAAUAAGCUCAAAUAUCAGAAGGAAUACCAUGUACACACCGAGGCCGUCGGAGAGUCAAUCGCCUUUACUACUAGGAAGUCGUGGCAGUGGUGGCAGCAAUACCAGUCAAAGCCAACUAUCCUUUGAUUCGUCCAUAUCAUCUGAUCAUCCAAGGCAACUGACGGCCGGUCAGAAGUCGAGCAGUUACUUGAACCUGUCCACGACUGGCUGUGGCGGCGGGUCUUCUAGCGGCGGAUACAAUAAUUACCAACACCACUCGUCUUACUAUUGGACCCCGCCCAGCUUGCCGUCGUCGCCCGCCCGGGAACGCCGGUUGCCCGCCACGCCGGUGGGUCGCGGUGCUGCACUGCCCACCGCGACCGCCGAGACCCCCAUACUCGAUCCGCUGUCGUCCAGGCGGCGAACUUACAGUGGAGGGAGCGGGGGCGGUCACCAUCACCACAACCACAACGGCGGAGGCGGUGGCAACCAGAUGCACAACCACAACCAGUUGGCUGGCAGCAACCAUUCGCUACUGUCUCUGUCCGACGGUGCGUCCGUCACGUACGACUAUCACACGGCGCAGUUGGACAUGUUCCUGGAGGAGUACAAGACCCUCAGGAAGGAGCUGACCAAGAUGCAACGGACGUGCGACACCCUCAGACUGUCCAACGCCUCGCUGGCCUCUUCGGUUGCCGUCCCGGACAUGAUGGUCGACCACCGGUCCAAACCGGAACCGUCCGCAGCCCCCGCCCCGUCGUCGUCGUUGAGGACCACGCCCAAGUCGAUACUCAAAAACAAGAACCAGGCCACUUACGUCUACCGGUCGGGCGGCGAGCGGCGCAACAGUUACCACCAACUGGACCCGGCGCCCGACGACAUUUACCUAAGUUAACCUUGUUGUGCUGCUGGCCGGGCAAACCCAAAGCCCGACGUCUCAUUAUAAUACAUAUUAUUAUUAUUAUUAUUAUUAUUUUCUUGUUAUAAUAUUAUUCAUUAUUCGUGUAUAAAUGUAUAAUACACCAUAUUAUUAUGCUCGCGUUGUAUCGGCAUAAUCAUUUAUGUAUUUGUGAAUUUCUGUGUGUUGAUAUCUAACUCUCUAACUCCAAUGGCGCAACUAGAAGAAGGAUGGCUUACAACCAGCUGACAUUAUACCUUGUAACGAUAAUAUACACUUAGUAUAGAUUUUAUUCAUUAACCGCAAACACGUGUUGACAAAAACUGUUGACAUUCAUCAUUCAUGACCCUUCCACUUUCACCAAAAAAAAAAAAAAAAUGAGGAAUCCUGGUCGCACUACUCAGUGAGUAGCCCUGGUAAUUGUAUUUACAAUUAUUACCGUUGCCCGCAGCUAGUUUGUUGUUUGUGAAACGGAAGUGACCUUAACACAAAUUAUCCACGAGAACAUAAAAAAAGUACGGUCGCCCAUAUAAUAAUAUAGCAAUGUUUAAAACACCGUCGAUGAUCUAAUUUAUCUAGCCCUUAGAGGACAUUUUUUGUAAACGUUUCGUUUUAUAAUUAAAAUAUAAAAUAUAAAUUAAUUUGUUAGGUAAACGAACCAUGACGUUUGUAAAAUGGUUAAAACCAAAAUUAAAAUACAGUAACAUCCAUAGUUUGAUAUGGAGACAUUGUUUCUCUUACCUAUCUUAAUAUUUAAUGCAAAUUAUAUUGAGUUAAUUUGAUUAAACCGUAUGAAAAAGAUAACAUUUCAAAUGACAAAAGUGAACAAACAUCAUGCCGUGUACAUAUAAUAAUAUUAUGUUAUCACUUAUUACUUUAUAUCAAAUGAUAAAUUAAAUGAUAAAUAUUUGAUCACUCUCAAUGCUUAAUCAAGUUUAUCAAUUAAUAUUACUUCAA